GAGAGAGAAAAAGAAAAAAAAAUGCUAAAAAAAAGAGAGAUAAAUGGAGCUUGAGAGUUAUACUCAUGUGGUUCAUGAACACCCAAUGAGUCUGAUCCCACACUCAGUCAACGAAAGGGGUCACAACUCUUGGUGCUCUGGUUGUUGGAGAUUCAUUUUACCCGGAGAUGCAACUUACGGUUGUAGCCUCAAGUGUGGAUUCCAUAAGUUGUUACACAAAGAAUGCAUGGAAAUGCCACGAGAGAUUAUGCAUCCUUUCCAUCCUUCACACCCUCUAACACUCCAGGUAGUUCCACGCAAACUUCAUGGAUUAAUAAAAUGUGUAGUUUGUAAACAGGAUGUGUCCGGGUUAAGCUACAGAUGCAGUGAUGGAUUGUGGAUCCACAUGCCAUGUGCAGAUGAUGUUGGUAAUGAUAAGAAAGAAAAGCAGCGACUAAUAAAGCACCCGAGCCACCCUCAACAUGAGUUACGUUUUUCAAAGAAAACGAGGUGGUGUCCAUUCCCCUGCGAUGCAUGUGGUGUCAUGUCACUCAACAAGGGGACUCCUACAUCUGCACUGUUUGUGACAACUCCAUACACGAGAGUUGUGCACUCCUCCCAACGUCUGCAGAUUUCCCUCAUCAUCACCAUGCUCUUUCCCUCGCCUUUUCUCCUCCGUCUGAGUACAUCCGAUAUGAAUUUGAUUGUGGCAUGUGCAACUCAACUUUGUCGUUGAGACGUUGGGUCUAUCAUUGCCACCUUUGCAGAUAUGCCGUCCAUCUCAAAUGCGUAACCUCCAAAUUUGAUAGUGACAAUGAAAAUGCAAAAGCAAAUGGUGAUGAGAAAGAGGUUACCAUAUUCCCAAAAGCAAUAGAAGACUUGUACGAGGAGAUGGUUAGGCCCUUCGUUAAGCAACAGAAAGAACUGACUCGAUUUAUUUUAAACACGAGAAUUAUCCGUAAGUGUACGGAGCUAGUGUAGCAAUAAACAAGUACGAGUAUCGUAUCCACAGAGACAAAUUAUGCAACUCAAGUACCACGAACCGAUUUUGACUAC